AUGUCAUGGUAUCAACCUUCCUCCCCACCCGCAGUGGGAUAUUGGGGUCCGAUAACAUCAACUCUUCUCUGGUGCGAGUCAAAAUAUGCAUUCUCACCAUACAUUGCUGAACCUGUCAACACAUUUACCAAUUUAUUCUUCGUAUCUCUCUCCCUAUACGGCUUUCACACAACCCGGUCUCAGUGCCUUCCACUUCGAUAUUCGAUCUGUCAUCUCGGAGUAGCACUUGUGGGCGUUGGAUCGGCCUUGUUUCAUGGAACACUCAAACAUGAGAUGCAACUCUUGGAUGAACUGCCAAUGAUCUACACCAGCGCAAUCAUGACCUAUUGUCUAACCGAGACGAGUAAAGGCUAUGCAAACCCACGGUUUCCACUCCUACUACCCGCAGCCUUGGUGGCCCUGACAGGCUGGAUUACAGCUGUUUAUCUAUGGAAUGGUAAUCCACUUUUCCAUCAGGUCGCAUAUGCAGCUAUGCAAAUACUCUCGACCGCGAGAGUCAUCUACCUGCUUCGCUCAUCGAAAUCACAACUCAAUACCACAACCCUGGCUAAGGAGAGAAAAGAAGAGAUAACAAACUUGUAUAUCUUUGGAACCCUAAUCUUCCUCCUCGGUUUCGCCGUGUGGAACAUCGAUAACAUCUUCUGCUACAAUCUACAUCAGGCCAGGAACAAGCUUGGUUAUCCUUGGGCACUACUCUUGGAGGGACACGGUUGGUGGCAUAUUUUAACCGGUUGGGGUGCCUAUUGUACCAUUACCGCCGGCACUCAAUUGGCGGUGGGGGAGAAGGAGCAUCCUCGCAAUUUUAAACAGGUCGGCCGAUGGUUGCCAAGACUUGUGAGGCUCAGGCCCUACACAACCCCGUCUAGGGUGGGCGCGGGAAGGAACAAGGCAAACUAA